CGCGUUGCUUGUUUCCUCACUUUUUCAAGAUCCGCCUUUCGCACCGGUAGCUAGGCCUUUCAGUUGGUUGCACGCAGGUCGAGUUCCGUUUUCCCACAAGCGGGGCCCUCGUCAGAUGGAUAGCAAACAGCAUUUCGCCUCCCUCAUGGAGGACUACUCGUCCAGACCUGGCACCGCGUCCCUCCGGUCCCUGUCGCCCUUCCGGAGCGGACGUCGGUCGUCGUGGGCUCGGAGUGGAGAUGGAGGGAGCACAUGCGUCGGCCCGUCCCAGGCGGGACCCGAGCUUGACCUCAACCAGGAUCAGGGCGUCUUGUCCUGCGUAACCAAAGAAACGUCACAGGAAGACUGUGCCAGACACCGGUUCAUCGUCUGGGCCGCCGUGAAGCGCAACUCGUCUGUGCGCAUGACUGCCCAGGAGCGGUUGGAAUGUCCGUUGCUGAGGUGCACGCAGCGGUUCCCGGACCACGAAGCGAUGCUCAAGCAUUUGGCCGGGUGUAGGUACCUCGCCUUUGGCGAGUACUGGUGCUACGACCACAUGAGGGUGGAGCGGUUCGAUGAUCUGAAAUGCAAGCGCUGCCUGGGCCAUCCAUCCAAGAGGAGAAAAAUGCUCUACAUGGCAAAGAACUUCUUCCAUUCGCUCGGUCAUAAGUCCAAGAAGGCGCAGACGGGAAUGGCCGAUGAUGAAUCGAUACUACAGCCACCGCCGAGCUACGAUUCCCUCAACAUCCCCAGUCUCGAUGGCCGCGCCAGUGAGCUACCGUCGACCGAGAUCCUCGAGAUCGACUCGAUGGAAGUACACCUUUUCGAGCCUACGCCCGUGCCAACUCCUGUGCCAGCUUCCGUACCAGCACCCAGUGAUGUUAUUGACCCUCAGGCUCUCCUCAUGCCCGUCAUGCCCGCCCUUCCCACCGUGCCCGAACUCGACUCCACGACGCCCUCAAAAAAUGCCUUCAUGCAAUGGCAACCGGCACCGACCGUUACGCAGUCCUCGUUCCCAUCUAUGGCACCGGGUGAUGGCUUGGUCAGAUUUCCCGCCGUUAAACCUGCGCUGCAGGUGACCACAGCCGGUCUUCAAGGCCGUCGUCAGAGUCCGCGGCCGGUUGCCAGGCCGGCCCCCGCCGGCCCCCGCGGCAAAGGCUUGUCCCCCAGCUCGUCGGUGAGGUCCACGGCCAGCACCGACAGCGACGCCAGCAUAGCGAGCAAGGGCAGUUCCAUGAUCUCGCCAGUCUCGAACUGGAGUGGAGCGUGGUCCAUGGGAUCCGGGCUCAACACGAGCAUGACUUCGCCAGUCGACGGCAUUGUGGCUGACGACAUGUUUGCGGACGCCUUAAACAGUCAUAGUAAUGACGCAUGCCCCGAUUUCCUUCAUGACUUCUUCUCAGAGUUGCCCGCCGAUAUGCCGAUUCUCGACAACGCCUGCGAUAUGGCUUCAGAUGCCCUUCUCGGAUUCGAUGCCCCCCUACCAACUAAUCUGUCAUACACGCCAGACAUCAUUCUGACAGACGUUGUGGCUGAAAGCGUUGGGAUCCAAGCCCCUGAGUCUGAGCCGGAGCCGGAGCCUGAGCGUGAGGUCGAACAGACGAACGUGUGUUGCUCGGAGACAAAAGCUUUGGUCAGCUCGGCGUGGGAUGCUCUGCAAGAGCAUAUGGUCUCGUCCAAAAUGAAAAUCCAAGACGAUAAGGAGAAUCAGCUCGCCAACCAGCUCGGUUCGAUGUCGGUUAGGACAGUGGCUGUGACGGGCUUACGAACGCUCCGGGCCCUCAUAAACGGCCAGCGACCUUCCUCUGCGAGUGAUGCCCUUUGCUUAGUCCAUCUCGUCUACACCUUUUCGUUGGUAUUGCAUGAACAGGGUACCUUGGAUCGUUUCACCCCGCUCUUUCUGCAAUCCUUAGCAUACGUCGAUGGGCUGCCGUCAAUCGAAAGGGACUUCUACCGCCAGCUCGUUGUCAGCAUUUGGCAACCUCCCGGCCUCAAUCAUGCGCAAAUCAACAACCGUCAGGCAUUGGUAUCAUACAGUACAUUGGGCUUGAAUCCCGAUCCCAAGGGGAAGUCUCCGGAGGUCGCCGAAAGGAGGGUUGCGGAGGGUAGUGAUUCGCUGCUCAUGGCGGCUCGUGACUUCCUUGACGAGCUCGAGAUCAGCAUCCUCAUGAGCCAAGAACCCUUGCCGCUUGAUGUGCAGGUCUCCGAAUUGCAUAUGACACAUCUGAAGGACUCGAGCCCAGUUGCAUCGGCGAAUGGAGCAUUGCUGGCGAUGGUUCGAACCGUACUGGAGGCGCUUUCCCAAGGCUUCGACGAUGCUGGUCUUAACAACAGACUCAGGCGAAUUUAUCAAAAGCUCGCCAAUGGCUCCAUCUGCAGCGUCCGGAGGAUCGAACUUGAGAUGCUCCACGCUGGCAGGAGUUGCUUGCCGGUCACGACAUGCUUUGGCCGUUUUGUCCACAUGGUGCGGAGAUCGUGCGACAAGUUGUACGAGCAACAUGAUGUCGGACCAUCUCGGCGCAACGUCUAUCACGGACAUUGUAUCUCAUUGAUUGAGCAUCUGAUUCCCGGGUGCGACGACUCAGGUGGCAAGGCCGCAGACGCCUUUCCUCUCAACGACAUCGAUGCAUUCUUCAAUGACUUGACCUCGGAGAAGGGUGACACGACCGUCGCUUGCAUAAAUAUGCAGCCGCCUGGGAUCCAGAUGCUUGAGUACGAUGCCAACCAAACGGAACUGCCAACGCCGACGGCAACUUCGAGCGGGUCUCGAUCUCCAUCCGGCACUCAAGCUGGCAGCCCGCCAGCUGGACAGACACAACAACCGGCACCGGUCGAACCAACGGAGCAGCAGCAAGCAGGGCAGAAAGUGGAAGCCAACUCGUGUUGCGAGAUCUGCGGGUAUCGGCCCAAGGGUGACCCACAAUGGUUUAAGGGCAGCAUGGCCAAGCACAAGAAGCUGCAGCACAGCACCGAGCCGCCCAAGAUCUACAAGUGCCCAUACCCGGGUUGCACGAGCCAGUAUAAGAACCGACCGGACAACCUACGGCAGCACCAGAUCGAGAAGAACCACUUUGUUCAGGGCGAGGAGAUCACGCCGCGGCGACCCAGCAAGCGAAAGAAAGUGGCAGAUGGGGAAUAAAUGCGUAGAGAGAUAUAGGGAUUUAAGGUCGUUUUGCAGAGCAACUCGGCCAGCGACUUUUCAGAUCGGCAUUUCAGGGGAUAUGGGAGGGCAUUUUGUUCUAGGCUUGUCUAAUCACUAUGAUACCAUUCUGCACGGCGAAAGGAGUUGACGGUAUUUU